UCUUAACUCUGAAAAAGUAUCUUCAGGGUAGGAAAACUAAUUUAUCAGGAUUUUCAGAUUUGUUAUUCCAAUGGCUGCAGCUCAUAGAUCAAUUAAUUUUUUGGUAAUUUUCAUUUUAUCCUUGUUUUCCUUGGCCUUGGCUCAAGAUGAAAACCAAUUCAUCUAUCAUGGUUUCAGUGAAACAAAACUGGAUUUGGAUGGCAUCGCAAAGAUCCACUCCAAUGGUCUAUUGCAGCUAACCAAUACUUCUGAGUUACAGAUAGGCCAUGCUUUCUACCCUUUUCCAUUCAAAUUCAACAUAUCAUCCCCUCAAUCUCUUUCAUUUUCUACAACUUUUGUAUUUGGCAUAGUUUCAAAAACGCUUAAUUUUGGUGGCAAUGGCAUGUCUUUCUUCAUCUCACCAUCUAAGAACAUGAGGGAAGCUGUUGCUGGUUCAUAUUUGGGGCUGUUCAAUGCAUCAAGCAAUGGCCGGCCUACGAAUCAUAUCCUGGCAGUUGAGCUUGACACUGUACAAAGCCCCGAAUUUAAGGAUAUAAAUGGAAAUCAUGUGGGAGUCGAUGUGAACAGCUUGAAGUCUAAUGAAUCUGCUGUAGCAACUUAUUUUUCCAACAAAGAAGGGAAGAACAUAGGCUUACAGCUAGCAGGUGGAGACCCAAUUCAGAUUUGGAUAGACUACAAUGGAGCUGAAAAGUUCCUCAAUGUAACACUAGCUCCCUUGGGAAUCCCAAAACCAAACAGGCCUCUCUUGUCAACACCCAUUGAUCUUUCUCAAAUUCUCUUGGACUCCAUGUAUGUUGGUCUCUCUGCAUCAACUGGUACACGAGUAAGUGACCAGUAUAUUCUGGGAUGGAGCUUUAACAGGAGUGGGCAAGCUCAAAACCUUGAUAUUUCCAAGCUUCCUCCAUCUCCUCCGCCACCCAAAAAUGCAAGCAAUAAAGUACUAGAUUGUACAACUGUUGUUUCCCUUAUAGCUACUGUAGUUGUGCUAAUAACAAUUGGUGCAGCCGUUUACAUUGUGAGGAAGAAGAAAUAUGAAGAAGUAAAUGAAGACUGGGAAAAAGAAUAUGGUCCUCAUAGGAUCUCCUAUAAGAUUCUCUUCAAAGCAACCAAAGGUUUCAAAGACAAAGAGCUCAUCGGACAAGGAGGUUUUGGAAAGGUUUACAGAGGUGCACUUCCUCCUUCUAAUUUGCAAAUUGCGGUCAAGACAGUCACUAAUGAUUCAGUUGGAGGGAUGAGGCAAUUUGUGGCUGAGAUUGUAAGCAUGCGAAGACUAAGGCACAGGAACUUGGUACGACUCCUUGGCUAUUGCAGGCGAAAGGGAGAACUUCUAUUAGUCUAUGAUUAUAUGCCUAAUGGAAGCCUUGACAAAAUCUUAUAUGGAAAUUUGGAGCCAAACCUUAAUUGGUUUCAGAGGUUCCGGAUUAUCAGAGGAGUAGCUUCUGGCCUUCUUUACCUUUAUGAAGAGUGGGAACAAAUUGUUCUGCAUAGAGACAUAAAGCCUGCUAAUGUUCUUUUAGAUGUCGAUCUAAAUGGGAAGUUGGGAGAUUUUGGCCUCGCUAGAUUAUAUGAUCAAGGCAGCGACCCACAAACCACCAACCUGGUAGGAACCAUAGGUUAUUUGGCUCCAGAGCUUCUUAAAACUGGAAAAGCAACUACCAGCACAGAUGUAUUUGCUUUUGGAGCUUUUAUGCUUGAGGUUGCUUGUGGAAGGAGGCCUAUGGCUAUGGAGCCUGGAGAGAAAGAUUUGGUUGAUUGGGUCACAGAUUUCUUGAAAAGAGGAGCUAUUAUUGAUGCUAGUGACCCUAGAUUGGAAGGUAUAUACGUUGAGGAGGAAAUGGAAUUGGUUUUGAAACUAGGCCUCUAUUGUUCAGACUCUAACCCAGAAAGUAGGCCUAGCGUGAAGCAGGUGAUGCAGUAUCUGGAUGGUGGUGCGAUGUUACCAAAUACACCACCUGGUAGCAUUGUCAACGAACCUCCUGACAAUGUUGUGUCAUUUCAUUCACUGGUGGGAAGUAGUUCUUCUUACACAACUGCUACAAAUGAUUCAAUCCUCACAGCAGGUCGCUGAAUCAAGAAUUUCUUAUGCAAUGGCUUGAUCUUUGGUCCAUUCAUGGCUGGGGAGUGGAGAAAAAAAUGCAAUGACUAAGUGAGAUAUUUUCUGCUCAUGUAACUUCUGUGCAUUUUGAUAACUGGUAACAUUACUUGUGUUCUUGUUGAAGAUGGUGAUAAUUUGCUGGAAAUGCAGAAUUAUUCAGUUAAGGUUUUAAACAGUUUUUUUGGCGUCAAGUGCUCAAGUUUCUG